ACGUUCACAUUCCAAGAUUCUUCUCUUCCAACUUUUUUCGAUUUGAUCUUCCACCAAGUUCUCUUUUUUAAUCAUAUGAUUAACACCCACAAUCUAAUUAUAGAUUUUGUUUCAGUGACUGCUGUACAGCCCUUAUUGGUUGAGUGACAUAAAUGGAAGAAAAAAUCUUUGGGUAUUGAUGCGUUUCUAUUCAAUGAUGAAAUUCAUAACGCCUCGCCACCCAUCGAUAUCAUACAGGCCUAUAAAACCUUCUGAUUUAGAAGUUCUUGUCAAAAUCCACGGUGAUCUAUUUCCCAUCAGGUAUGAAAUUGAAUUUUUCCACAAUGUUGCCCAUGGUCGUGAUAUAGUUUCUUGGGGAGCAGUUGACCGGAACCGUCCUAAUGGUCAAAGUGAUGAACUUAUUGGAUUUGUUACUGCACGGAUUGUUAUGGCAAAAGAAAGUGAGAUAGAAGACAUGCUGAGAUUUGACCAAUCAAGAUCAGAUCAGGCUCUAGUUUAUAUCCUGACACUAGGUGUGGUAGAGUCUUAUAGAAAUUUUGGUAUAGCCACUUCACUCAUCCGAGAGGUGAUCAAGUAUGCAUCAACUAUGCCAAACUGCAGAGCAGUUUAUCUUCAUGUAAUUUCUUAUAAUAAUUCCGCCAUCCAUUUGUACCAGAAAAUGUCUUUUCUCUGCGUAAGGAGGCUCCAUUCCUUCUAUUUUAUCAAUGGCCAACAUUAUGAUGCAUACUUGUUCAUAUACUAUGUGAACGGUGGUCGGUCUCCGUGUUCACCCUUAGAGCUUGUGACGCUUUUAGUGACGUACAUGAGGAGAGGACUGAAAUUAGUAUCUGCAACAGUAUGGAAGAAUGGUGAGAAAAAUGGGUCCAAACGGGUCAAAUAUAGAGACAAAGGCUCCCUUCUUCCGAUGACACAGAGCAAGAGAAGCAUUACAAUCGAGGGCGGAGAGGAUGAUCAUGUAUUAAGUGCUUUGUAGAAUAUGAGCUAAGACGGCAUAAGUUUCAUUCCACCCCUUGGCAGUGUUGUUUCUUUCUUCUUCUUUUUUUUAGAAAUUUAGUUUGGGUUGAAUCGAAACAAUAAGUCUCGCAUGUUCUAUUUGGGAUUGACUUCUGUAAAAUUUCCUUUGGUGUUUUCAAGCUUCUGCAAGUGUAAAGUGACAGAAGAGAAGAGUGCCUUGUGAUUUCUUAUGUUUCAUGGAUUUGAUGAGGAACAUGAAAGAAUAUAUUUAUAUUGAUAUACAUCACCUUUAAUGGUGAUUUCAUA